AUGGCUCCAGUAGGGCAUAAAUCUGAUGUUUCUAAUGAAAGUCUGGAAAAAACGUUUAGCAUGAAAGGUGGCAAAGGAGAAUCUAGCUAUGUCAAUAAUUCUCAGGCUCAGGCUCAACAUGCUCGAUCGAUGCUUCAUCUUCUGAGAGAAACCCUAGAUUUAGUACAGCUGAAUUCCCCAGAAAUUCCCUUCGUUGUUGCAGAUUUAGGAUGUUCAUGUGGGAGCAACACUAUAUACAUGAUUGAUGUAAUUAUCAAGCACAUAACAAAGCGCUACGAGGCCACCGACUACGAGCAGCCGCCGGAAUUCUCUGCCUUUUUUUCCGAUCUUCCUUCUAAUGACUUCAACACUCUCUUUCAACUUCUACCUCCAUAUGGUGGUGGUAGCAUGGAGGAAUGCUUAGCUUCCAACAGUCACCGCUCCUACUUUGCUGCCGGAGUACCCGGAUCGUUUUACCGGCGUCUCUUUCCGGCAAAAUCUGUUGAUGUUUUCUAUUCGGCAUUUUCUUUGCACUGGCUCUCUCAGGUUCCGGAUAUUGUCUUGGAUAAGAGAUCGACAGCGUACAACAAAGGAAAAAUCUUCAUCCAUGGAGCAAAUGAAAGCACAGCCACUGCUUACAAGAAGCAAUUCCAGGGUGAUUUAGCAGGGUUCUUAAGAUCAAGAUCAAAAGAAAUGAAAAGAGGAGGGUCCAUGUUCUUAGUUUGCUUGGGAAGGACUUCCUUGGACCCUACGGACCAAGGUGGGGCUGGCCUUCUCUUUGGGACCCAUUUUCAAGAUGCUUGGGAUGAUCUUGUUCAAGAGGGACUAAUUACUAGUGAGAAAAGGGACAACUUCAAUAUUCCGGUGUAUGCACCAAGCCUACAUGACUUCAAGGAGGUUGUCGAAGCCGAUGGUUCAUUUAUCAUUAACAAGCUUGACGUUUUUAGAGGAGGGAGCCCUCUUGUUGUUAACCAACCAGAUGACGCGGCUGAGAUCGGUCGUGCGUUAGCCAAUAGCUGCAGGAGCGUUAGUGGGGUCCUAGUUGAUGCACACAUAGGUGAUCAACUGAGCGAGGAGCUGUUCUAUCGAGUCGAGCACCGAGCCUCAAGCCAAGCUAAAGAGCUACUAGAACAGCUUCAGUUCUUCCAUAUAGUUGCAUCUCUUUCUCUUGCUUAG